AUGCAUCUCAAAGUGUGCUUGGCUUUCGUCGGUUUGACUGUAGUUCACCGAAUCGUUGGUUCACCAAGUUAUCUUGUUCCCGGAGGAAAUGAACGGGCGAAACGUGGAUUGGAUGAUUUCUGGGUUGAAUGUGGAGUCGAUGGGACGAUCACGCUUCAUUUAACUCGAUUUCUCAUCUACACUUGUGUGGUGUCUUCAGUGACCACCCACAAUCCACUCUUCAUCAGCGGACAGCUUGCCGGUGCCGGCUCAAUCACUUUCGCAACUCCGACUUCUCUCCGUCUUCGCUCCGUCAACGUCUUCACUGUCAAACUUCAGAAUCCAUUUGACAACUUCAUCCGCGACGUUAGCUGUCCCAAGGCAAACGAUGAAGAGAUUGACGUUUGGAAUUGGGGAACGGCUGUGCUCAAACAGGAGAACGAUAGACUCAAACAAGUGAAUGGGACUUUGCGCACGUUGAUCAUUGUUGGCACAUGCACCAUUAUCGUUCUUUCUUUGCUCAUUAUCGGUGUUCUCAUUUUCCGCCGUUAUCAACAAUCC